CCUUUGCAAAUAAGGCCCUCCAUUGAUACGAGAUUUGGGUCAGCAAUGUCAACAUUACAACGGCCUUUGCAUGCUUCUUUCUACAGAAAUGGUAUGCCAAGUUAGGAGCACAAGUUAUCUCCCCUGUGCAGAGGCCCCAACACAGGCCAAGCCAUGGAGAUGAAUGACGAUCCAAAGCCAAGAAGUUCUUCUAUUGACCAAGCCAUGGAUGAACUACUGAGACUUCAAGAGAGCCUUGUAGAUCAGUCAGAACUUGUUGAACACCCUUUCUCACAGAGAUCUCCAUCCAAUGUGGAUGAGUUGGAAUCAGCUAUUCUGAAUGAGACCCAGACUAAUACAAGUCUUGAUAGAAGUAAUCCUGUAAACUUCCUUGUAAGCAAUCCAGAAUCAAGCACUAAUUUUUGCAGCACUGUAACGAUAACAAAAGAUCACUUGCUUACUUCAACCGCUAAAGUUAGCCACCAUGGAAAUAAAAGUUCUGACAUUAUACCUGAUGCUCAGUAUGUGCUAGUUGAAGAACCAGUUAACCUUAAUGAUUUCUAUGACUUUCAUGAUCUUCAUAGUGGCCCAUGUCACUCUGACGUUAAUAUUGCAAGUGACAAAUCAAAGGCCAAUGAUUCAGAAAAUAAACAGAUAGUAGAGCAUAAGAAUGAAUUAUCAGCAUUAGAAAUCAUUGCAGAUGAAGUUGACAAUGUUAUUGAUACCAAAGAAGAGAAAGAUGAAUGUGCUAAAACAUGCUCAAUGGAUGUUGAAGCUGAAGAACAGAUGCAAUUUGAUAAGCCGAAUGACAUCAGUAUAGAAGGUGUUCCAGACAAACCUGAGGAAAGAUCCGGUUCUUCUAAUGAUAUAGUGAUAAAAGAAAAGGCUAAAGAAAAUAAUAGCAACAUUAAUGAUUCAACAGGUCAAAGUCAGGAAAAUAAUUUUGAAAACAGUGAAAUAGAAAAUUCAUCAAAUGAAGAGAAACUCAUGGAAAAAUUAAAGCAGGAGAAAAAUACUUUUUCUGAAAAUCUUGGUCUUAUGCCUUCCGACCUCAAAGGUAUUUUUCAAAGAAGCUUACCUACUCCAAAAGGUGUACGAACAAGGAAACGAUCUUCUAAAGCUGUAAAAAGUAACAAAGCACAGAGAAAUUCUAUUGAAAUUGUUGCAUCAAACUUUGAGCACAAACAUUGUACUGAUGACUUCUUUCAUUGUGGUGGGUGUGGGAAGAAAUUUACUGUGAUGUGUCAACUUCAUGAUCAUCUUCAAGCAUAUUGUUCCACAGGCUCUUACCACUAUGACCAUGUUCUGAAAACUGCUUUCCCAAAGUUUGAUACUGCUUGCUCAUCGACACAAACUGCAGGAUUGUCUGAAGAUGUCUCUACAACAGAAGAAUGUAUUCCAAAAAAGCUGGUUGUGAAAUUCCGUGCACCAAAACCACUUAGAAAAAGUAAGGUCUCAAGAGAGCUGUUGCCGGAAAAACCAAAACGAAAGCGAGGAAGACCGAAAAAGGUAAAGCCAGAUGAAAGUGAAGAAUUUGUUCAAGUUAAAGUCGAAAGUUUGGAUGGAAGUCAGAAUGAUGUAGUGGCCACUGAUUAUGAUGAUCAAAUGAUGGAAUUUGAUGACAAUAUUGAUGAUUUAUUUGACAAUAUUCCAGAAACAGUCCAUCCUAAACCUAAAGAUAUAGAUGACAGAACACACAAUAAGGUUUUACAAAUGGAAGACACUGAAAACAUUGUUGAUGAUCUGAUUGAUAAUUCCAGAGAUAAUGAGAUACUUGAUACGAAAGACGCUGAAUUUAGCGUUGAUAAAAUUCAUAAAAGGUCUCAGAGAAAGCGAAAAUCAACAAAGCCUCGAAGAAUUAUGAUGACAACUGAUCAAAAGACAGCAAAAGAUUUGAAAAUGGGAAAGAUCAGUGUGAGCAAUACAAUCAUAUCAUGUGAUCUCUGUGGAGAUGUUUUCAGCACUUCUCAAAGUUUACUAAAGCAUGAAAGACAAAAGCAUAAGGACCAGCUUAAUUAUGAAUGUGAUGAAUGUGAUCUGAAGUUUGUGAAAGAAAGUAGCUUGGAUCGACAUAAAACACUCACUCACCGAGAUGACAGCAAGGUGGCCAAUGGGGCAGAUGGCGUUCAGAAGAAGAGAGGACGUAAAAAACAGGGACGGAAGCUACUGGAGAUUUGCGAAAUAUGCAACACAAUGGUGCCUGGCUCCAAAUUGGACGUGCAUGUUCGUCUUCAUACUGGUGAGCGUCCAUUCACAUGCGAGGUAUGUGGAAAGGGUCUGAUCAGUGAGCGGAAGUUAAAGCGCCACCUAGCCCUCCAUGACGAGCCCACCAAACACACGUGUGAGGUGUGUGGGCGCGGCUUCGCCAUGCGGCAUAAACUCAGGAUGCACAUGUUCACCCAUACAGGACACAAACCAUACCUGUGUUCGGUGUGUGGUGCGGAGUUCAACAACAGCACAUCACUGCUGCAUCACCAUCGUACGGUGCACCUUGGGGACAAGCGCUUUGAGUGCAAGGUGUGUGGCGGGCGAUACGGGAAAAAGUCGCAGCUUGAGGAACACAUGUUCAGCCACUCAAAUGAACGCACUCAGACUUGCAGGUACUGUGGCAAAUCGUUCAAGCAUGCUAAAAGUUUACGUAGACAUGAGCAGACACAUAUCACUGACUCAAAGUUUGCCUGCGAUCUUUGUGACAGCAAAUUUUCUCGCAAAGAUAAUCUUGAUCGGCACAGAAUGUGCCAUGUUGAAACUGCAUAUCAGUGCAGCUUUUGUCGGAAAAAGUUCAAGGAGCGACAGCCUCUUAUUGAACACGAGCAGUAUCAUAUAAACAGUAAAAAGUUCAUGUGUCAGGUAUGCAAAGAAAAAUUCCUGGAUGAAACUUACUUUUACAAUCACAUGGAGACUAAUCAUGGUGUGUCUAAAGAAAUGGUACCAACAAUCAAUGCAAUUGCUGGCAGUAAUGCCUCUGAUAAAACUCCAAAGAAAAAGUCCUUGACGAAGAAUGAGAAACUGGUCUCGGUUGGGGAGGGCACGGAUGACCUUGACUUUUCAACGACCUCUACAUCAAGAAUGGACACCCUGAAUCUUAGUAUGAGUGUUGCAGGUAUUAUCCCAACUUCGGGAUCGGCCAAUGACAUCACACACCUGAACCAGUCUACAACAUCUGCCCUUUCACUUAACCAGUCAUUUUUGUCCAAUUCAAGUGACCUUGACCCUCCACUUCGUAUACCAGGUCUCACAACAGUGGCGAACAUUCCGUACCAAAGUGGAAUGGGCCCGUCCAUAUUGCAAGGUGUAGUUGAGCCCCAGAGGUUAGGGCCGAUGCCCCAGGGGGACCAACGCCCUGUGCAAGGGCCCACUGAUGGGAUGAUAUCAGUGGCCUUGAACGCGGAUGGCACAUUGUUGCUUCAGGAACAUCACAGGCUUGUGCAAGAAGCUCUUGGCUCUAGCAUACAGAGUCUUCAGGGUCAGCAAUAUAGACUGCAGAAUAUGUACUAAACAUGAGAGUAGGACAAAUAAUCUUAGACAAUAUUGCCCCAUCACCGAAUUUGGAUAAGGACAUAAAAUUGUUUUUGUCCAUUCUCCAUGAAUUACACAUGUAUCAGUACAUAACAUACUCUGUUCAUUACAGUUUUGCAUUAUUUCUUUUUUAUAUCCAUAAAUUUUAUUGAACAAUGUUGUGCUUUGUUUUAAUGCCUGAUGAAAGUAUUAUCGAACAGUGUACCAUUUACAUGAUUCUAUGCGAAAUAUGUUAUUCUCAAUUAUAACAUGCAUAGCUCUUAUUUUGUGUGUUUUUGAGUGUUUUGUUUUUGUUUGUUUUGAACAAUGAUUUUAAAAAAGUUGUUAUUUGUUUGCGAAGAUAUGUCUCAUUUGUGACCAUAUUGUAUGGUUUUAUUGAAAAUUAAAAUUUGAUUGAUAUUUAAUUAAUUACUUCAGAUUCAGAAAAUACAGUUACAACAAGUCAUUACAGAUAAUUAAUUUUAUGAAUAUAUUUAAAGACUCAUUAAGUUCUUAUUAUUCAUCGUCAGAUACCUACGAUCCACCCAAUAUCAUGACUUGCCAUUCAUCGAGAAAUGGAGUAUAACAGAAUGGGUCACUUGUGGGUAUCCGAGGAUGUUAUUAGUGGGCUUUUAAGCAUUAAUAUAUUUUACAUUUAACAUUCCAAAGUCUUCAUUCUGUGAUUGUACGUUAUGUUAUGAGUGUUUAUUUUCUCUCGUUGAUGUUCAUCAAGUUGUUGCGUUCAGGGAUGUAUUGUUUGUUAUCUUUUCGUUAAUGGUUUCUAUGUUUAUGAUGAUGUUUAGUGAAUUUGUAAGUCAAGUGUUAAGGACUUUGCUAUGUGAUUAUUUUUUUUUAUUUCUUAAUUGUUGUUGAAAUGUCCGAUGUGAGGGUAACCGAUAAAUUAUUGGAUUUCUGAUAAUGCAGAAUGUCUCAUCUCGUUAAAUGUUUUCUGUACACUUUUAUACCAUACCAUAUAGAUAUUAUAUAAUUUAUGAUUGAAAAUAAAACUGACUUAAAUA